AUGGGCAACCAACCAAGCACCGAAGCUGGCGCGGCGCCGCUACCCGACUCGAAGCGCGCCAACAGCAUCUUCUCGCUCCUUGCGUUCGCCAAGGACCCCAAGGCGGCCAUGGCCGAGUCGCGCGACACGCUGGGCAACCUCUUCCUCAUCGAGAGCGCAGUCGUGAGCGAGAAGAUUGCGGGCUUUUGUGGCCCCGAGAUGCUCUCGCAGUACGAUGCGCACGUUGCGGCCGGCCACAUUGUGCGUGAGAACGCACUGCCCGCGGGCAUUGUGGAGCUGCUCGGCCCGAUCCUCGCGACGCUCGACGGCGAGGUGCACGACAGCCGCAAGGAGGCUAUCAUGGGCGCCUUCUCCAAAGACAUGCUCGCCUCGUAUGCGCCCAUCGUGUUUGGGAUUGUGCAAAAGGAGCACGCGGCAUGGGCGGCGCACGGCGGCAAAAUCUCGCUCGCGCUCAGCUGCAAGAAGACCGUCUUCAAGGUCUUCCUCGCCAUCCUCUACGGCAUCACGGACAUGACGCCGGCCGAGUACGACGCCACGUACGACCCGUUCCGUGAUCUCCUCGACGGCUUCAUCCGCGCGAUCCCGAAAUCCUCGAGAGGCGCGGACGCUGAGGGCCUCGUCUGCAAGCAGCGCCUUCUCGACGAGCUUGUGGCGCCCGCGCUCGCUGCGAGCCAGGCGCGCGUGGCUGCAAAGACGCCGGUGCCGUGCUUCCUCGACUACAUGCUCGGCCAGACGGAGCUGACGCCGGACGUGGUGCACCUCGAAGCGUUCCACGCCCUCUUUGCCGGCCUCGGUGGCACCCAGUGCCUCGUCGUCAACACGAUCACGGCGCUCGCCCAGUAUCCUACCGUCGCCGAGAAGGUCCACGCAUCGCGCGCCAAGUUCGUCACCAAGUACCACGAAGAUCGGUGGCGCCAUUUCGACAACCUUGGGUACUGUAACCGGUUUCUCCUGGAAGUCAAGCGCUUCUACAACGCAGGUCCGGCGCAACUCUUUGGCCGGACGACGCAAGAGCUGACGUUCACGACGCCCGAUGGCGAGUUUGCGAUCCCCAAGGGCGUGCUCGCGGUAGCGGGCCUCGAUGCGACGAACCGGCACCCGGACGUCUGGACUGACCCGAGCGUCUUCAACCCAGACCGCUUCGACAAUGGCUUCAACGAGGCGACAGACUUGUACAAGUUGUGCCCGCAUGCGAUUGGCAAGACGACGGGUGGCCGCAAGUGCGCGGGCCGCGACCUCGCAACGCUCGUGCUCCAGGCGUCGCUCGUUUCGCUCUUUGACUUCAAGUGGACCUUGGUGCCCAACCAAGAUUUGAGCUUGGAAGAAGGCAAGUCGACGCCGAUGCCCAAGGGACUUCUCAUGGCGAGUGCGUUCACGCACCGCCACUCGGCAGACGAGACGGAGUGCGACGUCUCUGACUGGCACCUCCUCAACUUACCCGAAGCGAAGGCCCUAGUGGGCAUCGCAGGCACGGUCUCGGACGACGAGGACGACGCACGCCUAGACCUCUGGACGCGCCUCAUGAUUAAGUUGAUCGCCAAGAAGCAAGCGCGCUGGAACAAGCCGGCUGCCAACGAGGUGCUGACGGUCCCGCGGUUCCAGAGAGAGCUCCCCAAGAUGACGCUCAUCCAGACCAACAUCCAAGUCGCGACCGAGGACGAAGACUGGCCCAACCAACCAUGGCUCGAGAUCCAGCAGUCCAACUUCCUCCGUGACUACGCGCCGUUGGUCGAUGACUUUGAGCACACGUGGCUGCCUGGUGAGGACAUGGAGCGCUACGUCAUGAGCAAGGUCGGCCACAUGUGGCCCCGCGUCAACGUCCACUGGAACGACCGGUACUCGGACCGCGCGCUCGAGCUCUUGGCUUUCAACGGCUUUGGCCAGCAUCUCCUCAUGAAGCUUCCGGAAGCACACGACGACGGCUCGUACUACGGUAUUUGUCUCGGCUUUAUGAAGGGCCUCGAGGUGCGCCCUGGGUACGCCAAGUACGGCGCGGAUGCGUACUUCAACGCCGAGGGCAAAGUCACCAAGAUCGUCCGCGGCGACAUCACCGCGCGCCCAGGUGACGACAGCUGGGCGUACGCCAAGCUGUGCUUCCGUGGCAGUCUCCAGACCAAAAUCACGGCCGUCGACCAUCUCCUCGGCGUGCACGCGACGGUGGCCAACAUCAUGGUCAUCGCCAACCGCGAGCAACUGCCGCCAACGCACCCGCUCCGCCGAUUGAUCAAGCCGUUCACGUUUCGGUCGAUUGCGAUCAACUACGGCGCGGGUCGGGCGCUCUUUUGGCCCAAGGGCAUGCUUCAGCGUGCCUACGCACUCACGGACAAGGGCAUGAAGCAGACGUGGGACAUCGGUCUUGCCAACUUCAAGUACGAGACGUUCCCGGAGCAAAUUGCGCGUCAGAACAUUGACACGGCGACGCUGCCGUUCCACGAAGACGGUAUGGACUACUGGCAUAUCUGCCGAUCGUUCGUCAGCAACUACGUCGACCUCUACUUCAAGAGCGAGGACGCGCUUCAGAGCGACACGGAUGUCCAUGCGUUUUGGACGUUCUUGAGCACGAAGCUGCCGGUGCCAAUGCGGACGCUCACCCUGGAGAACCUCAAGGACUUUGUCGCCCACUUCAUUUUCCUUGUCUCGUCGAUGCACAACCACCUCGGCACGAUUGCCGAGUACGUCUCGGACCCGGCCUUUUGUCCCUCGGCGUGGGUCGAAGGCGAGCUCGCUGGUCGACCCGGCACGGGUGUCCGUCUCGCGCUCAUCAUGACGGCGACGGGCUUCGCGCAGCCCGCAAUCACGGAAGACUUUUCGCACAUCAUGCUCGACGACGAUGCCAAGGCCGUCUGCCAAGCGUUUACGGCCGCAGUCACCGCGCAGAUCGCAGUGGUCGACGCUCGCAAUGCCACGCGCGUCCAGCCGUUCCAGUCGUUCAACCCCAAGACGAUGGAGAUGGCCGUGAGCAUGUAGCUU